UCUAAUCAAUCAAAAUUCUAUAUUCUCUCUUUCAAGUCUCAUCCAAAUUCUCAAAUUUUACGAAAAGAAGAUAAAACUAUAGGAUAAAAAAGAAAUAUAUAUAUAUUGAUUGUGAGGUAAAUUUAAUUUAAUAACCCACCAAAUCGAUGCUUAAAUAAUGGAGCCCCAUCGUAAUUCGGAUUCUAACUUUUCUACUCGAGGAGAAGUUGAUCCUUCUUCGACUUCUUUUUCUAGGGUUUCUAAUCCACUUAUUCAAUCGGACUGUAGUAAGUUUGGAGAUAACAGAGGCCUGGAUGAUUUUGUGCCAGUCAUAGGUUCAAACAUUGUAAAAACGGGUAAGCAUGAAGAAUAUAACAGAGAAGCUGUACACCUAAGGAAUGAAAUUCCCGAGAACACAAGUUCUAUGAGUCGUCUAGAUACUCAAGCAGAGGAACUUUUCAGUAAACAGUCAUUUCAAGACACUCGAGAAGCUAGUGAGAGGUAUCAUAUGGACGGCUGGAAAGAGGAAUUUGAAGAAGAUUCUACAACCUUGAGACAGAAAAAUAAUUUGAGGUGUUCUGAGAAGAUUAUUAGCAGCAAUUGGGAUGAAAGAGGAAAGUGUGGUUCCGAAUCAUUUGGUCAAACUGCAGGUCACAUAAACAACGAGAAGAGUUAUAUCAUGGGCAAGCCAGUGGGUGGACGGCAAGAAACUGAUCAUGAUUCACCUUUGAGCGCAAAAGAAAGCUUUGAGAAGGAGGGACACACAACUUAUGGAAUGGUUAAAGCUGAAGUCUCUAAUGUUAAUUUAAUUCAACAGACUAAUGAAACUGACGUAAAAAGAAAUUUUCGGUACCAACAAUUAACUGAAAGUAUAGAAUGUGAAACUCGGUCAUCUCAAAAUGUAGAAGAAAGUAUGUGCCACCAAAAUCAAGAAAAAUAUUUCUGCUACGAUUCCCCACUUUUUGGUGAAACUGGGGCUUGGAUACCUGUAUCAGUUCCUCCAAUGUCGGAGAGUGAGCAUGAUGAAUGGAGUAGAGGCUUCUGCUCAAAUGGGGGGUACCUCCCUGAAGGUGACACAGAUUGGAAUCAGUGCAUGGGGGAAGACAAGGAGUUGACCAUGUGGGAUGUGGUUCUGGAUAUGUUGCUUGCAGCACGAGGAAAAGUGCAUUCUCUUGCGUCUGGUGAUAUAGUAGGUAACAUGUCGUGGAUAUCAAGCCAUCUCAUUGAGCAGGCUUGGAAAGAGAUGGCUCAAACCCUCACAGAAGCUAAUUUUGGUAAUGCCCAGGAAAUUCUUGAGUCAGAUCCUCCCAAAUGGUUGCCUGACAGUGUAUCUUCCACUUGUAUGUUAUGUAAUGUGCGGUUCCACCCUAUCAUGUGCAGCAGGCAUCAUUGUCGAUUUUGUGGAGGAUUAUUUUGCAAUGAAUGUACUAAAGGAAGGAGUUUGCUCCCUGAAAAAUUUCGCACUGGGGAACCGCAACGAGUAUGUGAUGUAUGUUGUGUACGUCUUGAAUCUGUGCAACCAUACCUAAUGGAUCAAGUAAGCCGUGCUGCUCAGUUGCCAACCCAUGACCUAACUGACUUGAGCACAUUGAGAUCCUGGGUAAACUUCCCGUGGGGACAGUCAAUGGAAUACGAAAUUUAUAAGGCCGCUAACACUAUUCGGGGAUAUGAAAAGAUUGGUUUAUUGAGUUCUGAGAAGAAAAUUCCAGAAGCCAUUCUACAAAAUGCAAGAGGCCUUGCCAUACUUACGGUCGUGAAAGUUGGAGUGAUGGUAACCUACAACAUCGGAACUGGAUUGGUAAUUGCACGUAGAGAAGAUGGUUCGUGGUCUCCCCCCUCAGCCAUUUCUUCUUUCGGUGUGGGAUGGGGUGCUCAGGCUGGUGGAGAACUUACUGACUUCAUUAUUGUUCUGAGAACUACUGAUGCUGUCAAGACUUUUGGUGGUGAUGCGCAUCUUUCAGUUGGAGCUGGUGUGAGUGCUGCUGCCGGGAUCAUUGGACGAACUGCUGAAGCUGAUCUUCGUGCCGGUACUGGCGGCUAUGCUGCUUGUUGUACAUACAGCUGCAGUAAAGGUGCCUUCGUGGGGUGUUCUCUACAAGGGAGUAUUGUGACUACCCGAACACGAGAAAACUCCAGAUUUUAUGGUAGCCAAUCGAUGAAAGCUUCAGAAAUUCUCCUUGGCUCGUUGCCUAGGCCCCCUGCUGCAGCCGCCCUAUAUCGUGCACUCGCCGAUUUAUACCAGAACCUCUGAAGGUCGCAUGCGUCUUAAAGUGUUGUACAUAAUGUUUGGGUUGGAAAUUUGGAGUUUGAUUACUGCUAUUCUUUGUGAAUUAUGAUCAUAUAGAUAUAGUGAUUUGUACAGUCUGGCAGAAAGAUAAAAUUGUAAUUGUUAUCAUGAUCUUUGCUGGGAGAAUACCCGAGCUCAAGAAUCUAAUUGGCAAUUUGGAAUUCAAUUUGGAAAUUGAAAAAAUGGAUGAAAAGAAUUAGACAAUGUUUAAUCCAAUUAUUCUUGAUAACCCCAAUUCUAGAUUUGUAUUUGAAA